UGCAAAAAUCCAACAAUCGUCUCAUUUGACAGUGUAUUUUUCUUGCUGCCUACGUGUAGAAAUGUUAAAAAAUGUUUUUAUUACGGUGAUUAUUAAAGAAGUGAAAAUAAUAAACUGAAAAAUCUAUCGUAGUUGGCAGCAAGAACUUAUAAACAUGAAUAUUUUACGUAAAAUACUUAUUUUAUCCUUUGUUAUUGGAGCAUUUACCGACGAACACGAUCAUAUAUACGGCUUGAAUGAAGAGGUUGUGCUAUGGAUGAAUACAGUAGGACCCUACCAUAACAGACAAGAAACGUAUGCUUAUUUCUCCCUUCCAUUCUGCAUUGGAUCGAAAGAAACCAUCAGUCACUACCAUGAAACGCUCAGCGAAGCGCUCCAAGGUGUCGAACUGGAAUUCAGCGGAAUUGAAAUUGAAUUCAAGAAUAACAUGAAUAAAGGUGAAUAUUGUGCUGUGCAGUUGGAUGAAGAGAAAUACAAAGCUUUUGUAUAUGCCGUUAAAAACCACUACUGGUAUCAAAUGUACAUUGAUGAUUUGCCCAUUUGGGGAGUAGUGGGGGAAGUCAAAGACAACAACUACUAUAUAUGGACCCACAAGAAGUUUGAGAUAGGUUUCAACGACAAUCAGAUCAUUGACGUAAAUUUGACUUCUGAAGACAAGGUUCCGUUGACGCCUAAUGGCAAAUUGAGCUUCACAUACGAGGUUAUAUGGAAGAGGACUAAUACCAAAUUUGCGGAUCGUUUCGAUAAGUAUUUGGACCAUAACUUUUUCCAACAUAGGAUACAUUGGUUCAGCAUAUUCAACAGUUUCAUGAUGGUGAUCUUCUUAGUCGGGCUUGUAUCGAUGAUUCUGAUGAGAACACUGCGAAAGGACUAUGCCCGCUACAGUAAAGACGAAGACAUCGAUGACAUGGAAAGAGAUCUGGGAGACGAGUACGGAUGGAAGCAGGUUCACGGAGAUGUAUUCCGUCCCGCGUCGCAUUCGCUUUUCUUUUCCGCCCUUAUCGGCGCUGGACAUCAAUUAACAACUGUCGUUUUCAGUGUCAUAGUCUUCGCUAUAAUGGGAGAACUUUAUACAGAGCGUGGUUCACUGCUAUCUACAUCCAUAUUCGUGUAUGCAGUCACGUCUCCCAUCAAUGGAUACUUCGGAGGGUCCCUUUAUGCGCGUAUGGGGGGCAAGGUGUGGAUUCGGCAGAUGAUUCUUUCGGCUUUCAUGCUACCUGCUUUCGUUUGCGGUACAGCAUUCUUCAUAAACUUCAUCGCCAUCUAUUACCACGCUUCCAGGGCUAUCCCGUUUGGCACCAUGGUUGCAGUCACUUGCAUAUGCCUAUUCGUCAUACUUCCUUUGACUCUUGUCGGGACGGUUUUGGGUAGGAAUCUUGCCGGUCAGCCGGAUUAUCCUUGCAGAAUCAACGCAGUGCCAAGGCCCAUUCCUGAGAAGAAGUGGUUCAUGGAACCGGGAGUUAUUAUUCUACUGGGAGGAGUUUUGCCAUUUGCCAGCAUUUUUAUUGAAAUGUAUUUCAUUUUCACAUCGUUCUGGGCCUACAAAAUCUACUACGUUUACGGCUUCAUGCUACUCGUAUUCAUUAUAUUAAUGAUUGUGACCGUUUGCGUGACCAUCGUUUGCACAUACUUCCUAUUGAACGCAGAAGACUACCGCUGGCAGUGGACCUCCUUCUUGGCUGCGGGAUCGACUUCUGCCUACGUCUACAUCUACGCCAUGUAUUAUUUCUUCUUCAAGACAAAGAUGUACGGAUUGUUCCAGACUGCGUUUUACUUUGGAUACAUGGCUUUGUUUAGCGGCGCUUUGGGCAUCAUGUGCGGCACUGUGGGGUACAUCGGAACCAGCCUGUUUGUUAGGAAAAUAUAUUCUACCGUUAAAAUUGACUAAAACUUCGAAAUGAGCGCCCUUGUAUAUAGCUGUAUUAUUACCGGUGAGGAAAUUGUUCUCGUCAGGAGGAAUGAACAUGUUUUGAGGCUCUUAAAAAUUUACUUCGUUUUUUAUUGAAAUUUUUUAUGAAGUUUUCCGGGUCUCUCAGUAUGUCGUGAAUGCUCAAUUUGGUUUUAGAUUGGUACACAGGGUGUUUUUUUGAGUACGUAUAUUUUCAGAAGUUGAUUUCUUGUUGUAGUUUCCAAAAGAAAGUUUGUACAAUCUCUGAAAAGGCCAUAUUGUUGAAAAAUUAUAUUUAUUCGAUUGCGAGUGAGUUAUUGAUACAAUUAGCUUUUCCAACCUGGAGAAAUGCAUUUUUAGUAACAAAAAAAGAAAGCAACUAAUUUCCAGGCUAAUGUCUCGAAGGUCAUUGAAGUGUAUUUGACGAGGGUUCUCGCAAAGAUCCUCCCUCAUUAGCGAGUUGCUCAAAAACAACAGACACAACAAGUUUCUCAAAAUUAUCAGUUUCAUAGUGUUUACUUUUCAUCUUGAAUGUAGAAAAAGUUUCUGAGAUGAAAUUAAAAUGCUUAAAUGGUUGUCAGUCAAUAUUCGUCUUGGCAUUAGACAUGGAAGUAAUAAUUUCAUAGGUCACCAGUCUCUGAAUGUUUCUGACUCUGUCCCGUUUACUGGGUUGUUCACGUAUCGUGGAAACUCGCUUCUGAACAGGAAUAGUUUGAAAAGAAAAAACAAUUAUCUUUCGACUUCGGUAACAACUUUGGGAAAAUUUCAAUUUACGAAUGUUAAAAUACAGAGGCUUGCCUGAAACAUGUAAAAUCCUCCACUCUUCAAUCGGGAGAACUAAAAAUUCCUGUAAAAUGUCAAAGCAGCAAAAGGAGAGGGUGGAUGUAACGUUUUAACCCUCUUCGAAACCCUCGGAACUGUCAUAAUUUUCUAUAUGUAUGUGAUUAUAUAGUUCGCUUUUAUUUUUGAUGUUUGUACAUACAUUGAGUGUUUAUAUAGAGUUCGAUUCGAAAGUUGGCGACACGUAACGACCAAGUUCUCUUCUGCAGUUUUUAAGUUAGUUUUGAUGCACAUGCCAGUCGGUUCGUAGAGUGGACUCGUUCGUUACGGUUCGCAAUUUUGUCAGAAUUUAAUAUUUCAGUUAACUGUGAGAAUUAUUUAAAUAAACUUUUUUUUAAAGUU